AUGGCAUCGGCAUCAUCGCGACCGCGGCGGUCGGUUUCCCGGAAGAGUUUUGUUCUCGAAGAAAGCUCCGACGAUGAGCCUGCCUCGGGGCGCGUUACCCCCAGUAUCCCAAGCAAUGACGAAGACGAGGAUGAGGAGGACGAAGAGGAGGAGUAUACACCUGUCCCAAAGCGGAGGGUAUCCCGCAGGGUCUCGAAGGCACCGGUGGAAGAGCCAACUACGCCGACUCCCGCAAUGGGUCGCUCAAACCGACGCCGCUCUAGGAUGAGUGCGAGAGAGUCUACAGUAUCAACAACAGACGAGAGUAUCGUCUCGGCGGAAGAAGAACCUGAACUUCGGUCAAGGCGCACCUCAAAAGCGAGACAGAGCAUACCUAGGAGCCAAAGCAGCCGACACUCAUCUAUAGAGGUCUCCUCACUUCCAACCCCCGCACCGUCACAAUCUCCAGAAGCUGAUCGAGCGCAGUCAAGAAGACUUAGCGGAACACCGCUUGCAGAUAUUACAGAAAAUGCCGUUAACCAGACUCCCCCGAACGCUCCCGAUGUUGAAAAAUCCGUCAUUGAAAGAGUUGACCCAAGCUCUAGCGUGCUUGAGCGGCCGAUGGACAUAAUGCUGAAGUCACGAUCAGCACCCCAAAUUGCAGAGGAAGAACCAUCGGGACCUAAGCAGAGAAUGGUCAUAACUCACCUCGUCCUUACAAACUUUAAGAGUUACGCUGGGCAGCAGUUUGUUGGCCCUUUCCACGCUUCCUUCUCCUCCGUCGUCGGGCCUAACGGUUCGGGCAAAUCCAAUGUCAUUGACUCUCUUCUAUUUGUUUUUGGCUUCAGGGCUAGUAAGAUGCGCCAGGGAAAAAUAUCAGCCCUUAUCCACAACUCUGCCAACUUCCCCAAUUUACCGUUUUGCGAGGUUGAGGUUCAUUUUCAAGAGGUUAUAGAUUUACCGGAUGGGGGCCACGAAGUUGUCCCAGAUUCGCAGCUAGUCGUUUCCCGGCGAGCCUUCAGAAAUAAUAGCAGCAAAUACUAUAUGAAUAAAAGGGAAACGAAUUUUACAACUGUCACCGAAUUUUUGAAAGGCCGUGGGAUCGACUUGGAUCAUAAGCGUUUCCUCAUCUUGCAAGGUGAAGUCGAAUCCAUCGCUCAGAUGAAAGCAAAGGCUGCCAAUGAACAUGACGACGGUUUACUUGAGUACCUGGAAGAUAUCAUUGGAACAUCAAAAUACAAAACUCCCAUCGACGAGGCGGCUGCCGAAGUUGAGGUUUUGAACGAAACCUGCAACGAAAAGAACAAUCGAGUUCAGCAUGUUGAGAAGGAGAAAGCCAGCCUCGAAGAUAAGAAAAAUAAAGCUCUUGCCUACAUCAAGGACGAGAAUGAGUUGGUCGAGAAGCAAUCCGCACUCUAUCAAAUAUACAUUGAUGAAUGCAACGAUAACACAAACGUCACUCAAGAGGCUAUCUUACAGAAUCAAGAGUUACUCAACCUGGAACUCGAAAAGCAUCAGGGCAAUGAAGAUGAGAUCAAGCAGCUUCAACGUACAUAUAAAAAGGCUGCGAAGGAGUAUGAGGCCAUGGAGAAGGAAACCCAAGGCAUCAUGAAAGAAAUGGCGAAGUACGAUAAAGAAUCAGUCAAGCUUGAAGAGAAACGGAAAUUCUUGAACAAUAAGCAAAAGAAGCUCGAGAAGUCCAUGAACACGAGCCGUCUUGCCGCCUCUGAAUGUGCCGGGCUUGUUGAAAAACACAGCGAUGACUUUGAGAAGAAGUCCGCCGAGAUUGCAGCUCUUGAAAAGGAAAUGAAGAUAGAAGAAAAGGAGCUUGCAGAAAUUCGUGAAAGUCUCAAAGGAAAGACGCAAGGCCUUUCAGAACAAAUUGCUGCUAAACAGACAUCUCUCGAACCGUGGAAAGAGAAAAUCAACGAGAAACAAUCCGCUGCCGCUGUUGCCCAAAGUGAACUAGAUAUUCUUCGUGAAAAGGGCAAUGCCGGCGCAGUCGCUUUGGAAGAAGCACAAGCUAAAAUUGUUUCUAUCAAGGAAGACAUGAGUGCAAAGACAGCUGAGCUUGAACAGUGCCGGGCAGAGAAGGCCAAUCUCGAGCACGAAGUCGCUACCUGCUCCGCGAACGUGCAAAAAUUUGCCGACAAAGAACCAGAAUACCGUUCCAGGCUCUCUCAUUUGCGCCAGAAGGCCGACGAGGCGCGUGCCAGUUUAUCAAGCACACAAACCCAGGGUAACGUCCUCUCGGGGUUAAUGAGACUAAAGGAAUCCGGACGUAUUGAAGGAUUCCAUGGUCGCCUCGGAAACCUUGGAACAAUUGACGAGAAAUACGACGUGGCCAUAUCCACAGCUUGUCCAGCACUUGACAAUUUGGUGGUUGAUACUGUUGAAGUUGGUCAACAAUGUAUUGACUAUCUCCGUAAGAAUAAUUUGGGCCGGGCGAACUUCAUUCUGUUAGACAGACUACCUCGGAGGGACAUGUCCUCUGUUUUCACGCCCGACAGCGUUCCCCGCCUAUUUGAUCUCGUUAAACCUGUGGACGACAAAUUCAAAGCCGCCUUUUAUAGUGUGCUCCAAAAUACCCUUGUAGCAAAGGAUUUGCAGCAAGCCAACAAAAUCGCAUACGGUGCACGAAGAUGGAGAGUAGUGACGCUAGAUGGACAACUCAUUGAUGUUUCCGGUACUAUGAGCGGUGGAGGGACCCGGGUUGCUAGAGGUGGAAUGUCCUCUAAACAGGUGGCAGAGGUCUCUAGAGAGCAAGUUGCCAAGCUUGAUGCCGAUAGAGAUGCAAUGGAGAAAAAAUUCCAGGCAUUCCAAGAAAGGCAAAGGGAGCUGGAAACUGAGUUAAAAACAACCAAAGAUGCAAUCCCCAAAGUUGAAACGGCUAUUCAAAAACUCCAGCUAGAGAUUGAUAGCGCCAAGCGGAAUCUCGCAGAUACCCAGCGCAGAGUGAAAGAACUUUCCGAAGAACACAAACCAUCCGCGGCUGAUGAAAAGCGAGAGGCCAGUCUUGAAAAGACUAUUAAGGCUUUGGAGAAGGAGAUCGAGAAGCUACGGUCCGAAAUGACUGGAGUUGAAGAGGAGAUCCAGGCCCUCCAAGACAAAAUCAUGGAAGUCGGUGGAGUAAGGCUCAGGGGCCAAAAGGCCAAAGUGGAUGGUCUCAAGGAACAGAUUUCACUUCUGACAGAUGAGGUGUCCAAUGCCGAGGUGUCCAAGUCUAAGAAUGAGAAACUGCGGGUUAAACAUGAGAAAUCCCGUGCAGACGCAGAGGCUGAGCUUGAAAGUGUCCAGGAGGAUAUCGAGAGGUUGAAUGAAGAGGCCAAAAACCAGGCCAAGGCAGUUUCCGGAAUUAAGCAGAAAACAGAGGAGGCGGAAGAGGCCUUGCAAACCAAACAGGAGGAGUUGACAGCAUUAAAGACAGAGCUGGAUGGAAAGACCGCGGAGCUCAAUGAAACCCGAGCAGUUGAGAUUGAAAUGCGAAAUAAACUUGAAGAGAGCCAGAAGGCAUUGGUUGAGAACCAAAAACGAGCAAAAUACUGGCAUGAAAAGUUUUCGAAGCUUUCCCUCCAAAGUAUCAGUGACCUUGGUGAAGAAGAGGAAGCACCUGAGUCAUUGCAAAUCUACACGAAGGAUGAACUUGCAGAGAUGGACAAGGAAUCCCUAAAAGCAAUGAUCGCUGCGCUCGAGGAGAAAACGCAGAAUACGUCUGUCGAUCUGUCAGUUCUAGGGGAGUACCGUCGCCGUGUUGCCGAACAUGAAUCUCGCUCCGCAGACCUGGCAACGGCGCUCGCCAGUCGUGAUGCUGCCAAAUCACGUCUUGAUACACUACGUUCUCUCCGUCUCACUGGCUUCAUGGAAGGGUUCAGCACCAUAUCUCUUCGGUUGAAGGAAAUGUAUCAAAUGAUUACAAUGGGCGGUAACGCAGAGCUAGAACUUGUUGACUCCCUGGAUCCCUUCUCUGAAGGUAUCCUGUUCUCGGUCAUGCCUCCAAAGAAGAGCUGGAAGAACAUUAGCAACUUGUCUGGAGGAGAAAAGACGCUGUCAAGUUUGGCUCUCGUCUUUGCCUUGCACCAUUACCGCCCAACGCCGCUGUACGUCAUGGACGAGAUUGAUGCAGCGUUGGAUUUCAGAAACGUCUCUAUCGUCGCAUCCCAUAUCAAGGAGAGAACAAAGAACGCUCAAUUCAUCGUCAUCUCUCUGCGAAAUAACAUGUUCGAACUUGCGUCUCGCCUUGUGGGUGUCUAUAAAGUGAACCAUAUGACGAAAAGUGUCACGAUUGAGAACAGAGAUUACAUCGAAGGAAGAAAUUGA